GAGAACUUUCUACCCCUUAGUCCCCCUCGGAAAGUUUCCACACCCCUCUGAAGAAAAUUGCCAACGCGGGCGCAAAACGACAACGACUGCGCUCCAUUCAUUAUUUGGGCGCCGGAUGACGUCACGAUUUACUACGAAAUACACGGCGCAAAAUCGCAAGAACGCUAGUUUGGACUGAGUAUCCGGGAAAAAUCCCCCAGUCUUCCAUCCACAAUGGAGUACACAACAACGUACAACCCCGAUUCAGGCAACUUCUCAACAACGAUAGAUUUCCCUCCUGAAGAUUCCAAAUCCUGGGGAAAUUUUUCGCCCAUGACGAGUAAAAAACCUGUCUCCAGAGCGCUGGACACGGAGUAUGGAAUUCCCUUGAAUGAAGUUGACAACCCUGCCUUUGAUGCCUCAAAACCUGUAAAUGCCGAGCGCUCAAAUGGCAGCAGUUACGAUCCGGAACGAGCCGUGGACGAAACCGACGGAGAUGACGACCAAGAUGGUGACAGCAAGCUUUGGAUGUGGCUUGACAGUAAUUUUGGUGCAGUGAAGGACAUGUAUACCGAACAUCACAACAUAAUCUGGAAUUUCAUUUUCCUGGUGCUCUUGUUGGCCUACCUGGGCUAUCUCAUCUACGCCUGCCUCUAUGACUUCCAAGAAGCCAUGAUCCUUGUGAUCAUCACAGGCAUCGCGCUGGGUCUCUACAUGUACUCGGUCAUCAGGGACUUCUAUGGCAAACAGAUCUACGAUGUCACCUGUAAGCCAGGAGGCAGGUUUGUGGACAAGUACUGGCGAUACAUCAGAUGGCCCUUGUACCUCCUAAUUUUGGCCGGGGUCGCUGUGGCCCUUGUGUUUCUCACCAAGGAUAACCCUGUCCAGCUGAUCUCGGCUGGUGGUCUUGUCGCAUUCAUCUUGUUCUGUUACGUUUUCUCCAAGCAUCCAAGACAUGUGAAGUGGCGGCCAGUCAUUUGGGGCCUUGCCUUGCAGUUUAUCCUUGGUCUUUUCAUCUUGCGCACAUCCAUCGGGUUCGAGAUCUUCAAUUUCUUGGGUGAUGUCGUCCAGACGUUCUUGGAGUUCACCGACGCAGGAUCUGAAUUUGUGUUUGGCGCCGGCUUUCAGGAACACUUUUUUGCUUUCAAGGUGCUCCCAGUCGUUAUCUACUUCAGUGCCUGCAUUUCCAUCUUCUACUACCUGGGCGUCAUGCAGGUGGUCAUUGCCAAGCUCGCUUGGCUCAUGCAGAAGACCAUGCACACCUCAGCUUCAGAAUCCCUCAAUGCGGCCGGAAAUAUCUUUGUUGGUCAGACUGAAGCCCCUCUUCUGAUCCGUCCAUAUCUUCCUAAGAUGACUCGCUCGGAACUCCACGCCGUCAUGACGGGUGGCUUUGCCACCAUCGCGGGCAGCGUUCUUGGCGCCUACAUCUCCUUCGGCAUCAGCGCCUCCCACCUUCUGUCCGCCUCGGUCAUGUCGGCGCCUGCCGCACUGGCCAUCGCGAAGCUGUUCUACCCGGAGACAGAGAAAUCCCAGACCAGGACUGCAGCCCAAGUUAAGCUACCUAAAGGGGAGGAGAGAAACAUCAUAGAGGCGGCGUCAACCGGUGCAUCAACAGCUAUCAUGCUGGCAUUGAAUAUUGGUGCAAACUUGAUUGCAUUUCUGGCCCUCCUGGCUCUCUUCAACGGCUUGCUGGGGUAUCUAGGAGAGAAGGUUGGCAUCGAUGGGCUCAGCUUUGAGCUAAUCUGCUCUUACGUCUUCAUUCCUGUGGCUUUCCUGAUGGGUGUGGAGUGGGACGACUGUCGUAUUGUGGCCGAGCUGAUCGGCACCAAGACAUUUAUCAAUGAGUUUGUGGCCUACGAGCGGCUGGCUGUGUAUAUCAACAACAGGGCCACGGAUGGAGCCACGAUAUCGGUGCGUUCUGAGGUAAUAGCGACCUACGCUCUGUGUGGUUUUGCCAACAUCGGCUCUGUGGGUGUGGUGCUGGGCGGACUGACUCCAAUGGCGCCCACCAGGAAGCGAGACCUGUCCUCUGUAGUGCUGCGUGCCUUGAUGGCAGGCACUAUCGCCUGUUUUAUGACUGCAUGCAUUGCAGGAAUUUUGUACAGUGAGGAAAAGUAUGUGCCAGUGACAGCUACCACUGUUCUCCCAGGGGGCGUCCAGGAUGUCGCCAAUACCACUUUAAUGGCUGCUGUUACCGAUGGCAUCAAUGCCACCGAUGCCACCAACUUCACUGACUUUAUGACAACAUGAUGAUGACAUAAUGAAAGACCCCAUGACUGUUGGUAAUCAUGCAUUCUCAAGCAGACCAGCAGCAUCGUUGUCAAGGCCUUGUAUUUUGGCAGUUUUAUUUAUUUAAUAAUGUGGAAAAACCGUUGCAACUUCAGCAAUGUAUAUUCGUUUUGUCAAUUCUUCAAUCAAAAACAAGCGAGAGUUAUGUGUUAUACUGUAUUUAUUCUACUUUGCAUGAAAUAACUGAGGGUUCCUUGUAACCCACAUGCAAGGUAGAAAAUAGUGCCACCACAUUGACUUCCUCAGCUAAAAAUAACAUUUGAACCAAUCAGAAACAAAUGCUCAGUCAGCUCAGCAAGUUACCUUAAAGGCGGCCUUACACUAGAGAUAGUGACUUUAGCAAGCUCGAUGAACUGGGUUCUUGGCACUUUCACCAGAGAAAAGCUGCAGCUUGUUCAUGUUUGGAAUUUUCUGUGACUGUUUUGCAUCAAGAUCUUGUGACAGUUGUGUAAAAUUCGCAGAAUAGGUCAGGUUGUGGUCUUAUUUGCACUGCAAAUUUGGCAAAAGUGGCAAGAUAUUCAUCCAACGUCAACAACAUUCGCACAACGGUUUUGAGAUUGUCUGGUGCCCUCGGCACACUCACAUAAAGGCAGUGCGACUGUAGAGACCAGUGCGCAAGCAUCUGGCAACCAUUGUGUGACACGAAUCACAUUUUGAGGCCACUGACCAGCUAGAAUAACAACCCCUGGAAUAACCAAGGUCAGCAUCAGUCUGCAUCCAGCCUUUUGACAGGAUGAACUUGCAGGACCACUGCAUAGACCUUCAAGACCAGCUCCAACUCCUGGCCUGUGUCUUCCCUGACCAGCCCAGGACCAGCCCAGGGUUCAAGCCUUGGUUCUUUUCAGCUGGCGAAAGCUGGGACAAUUUUGAAAUGGUUUGGCACUUGACGCACGACAAUUGCAAAGGCUGGAGACUUCUGAGGUGAUCUGGUGAGAAAUCUGGGAUGGCGACAGUCACUGGAAAUUUUUGAUGUGUUCAAAAUUCCUGUGCACACCUUUUCAAACUACGAGAACGUUUGCUGAACCUCAUUAAUGUUUUAAGACGUCAUUGCAAGUUUUUGUCAACUAAUUUGCAAAGUGUGGAAAGUCCAAUUUUGCCAAAUACAUAAAAGUCACAAAGCCUAGUGUGAGGAUAGCUUAAACUUGACUGUGCAAAUGGGAAUAAUCCAAAAUCUUGUGUACCAUCAAGAGGUAUUUUUUAUCUAUGCAGUAAACUGUGGAGUUGCUGGCCAAUGCCAAAAAAAAAUACCACUUUGGGAAAAGCAUACGAAGUACAGUUCUGCCAGAGCAUUAUUAAUAACCGUUAUCACAAACAGGUUUUAUUUUUAAAAUUUUACAACUACAUGUAUAUUUUCUUACCAGGUUGUUCGCCAGUUUUUAUUUUCAGUUUGCACGGGUUUGUCACAUUUAUUUACCUAUUUAUUUAUUCUGGUUUAUUCAAUUAAAAUAUACAGGGUAGGCAGCCACAUUAGGGUCACUGAUAAAAUCCCAUUUGCAAUCAUCUAAAGGCAUCACACAUCAGUAGAAGGGGGUAUAAAAUGAUAAGAGUAUGGAAAAGGAUUCAUUGAAUUUAUAUUUCACAUUUUGCAACUCAUUAAGUUUUUUAAUUUGUGUAUUAAUUGGCACAUUCCUUGUCAGACUGGCAAUGGUAUUCUCGUUCAUAUGGUUCUGUCACUAUGAACAUCAAAAUGUCUGAAGUGUUUACAAAUUUCAAGCAAUAACUCAAUAUAGUUAAGCUAUUUCUGGCUUUUGUUUCAGGCUCUGGACAAACACCAGCUUGGCAUCUCUAUAGUGUACCGAAGCGAAUACGCCACUCGCACAAUUAGUGUGUAAAAGGCAUGAGCGCGUAAACCAGCGCGUGAACCAACACGUGCACGUACUCCAUUGCACUGCACUUUCUGGUUCACAGUGACGUCACACUUUGGUACUCUAAGUGCACUCCUGACAGUUUUGAGCUCCUUUUUUCCCCCUUUAGGCACUCUGUAUCACGGCAAUGACAGCCUAGGGCAAGUGCAAGGGAUGACCAUUUGCUGCCCACCGAUCGAUUUUCCCUGGUAACCUGUGCACAAAAUAUAUCCUGGGUACCAGGUAAGAUGAACUAGUUGACAAAAUGGUCGCCAUUCAAACUUGCCACAAGUGGCUAGUUUCCAGUCUCUGUUAUAAACCAAAACUUCAAAAGAGGCAGCUUGCCUUGGAAUGGAGCCUCAAAGUUACUUCUGAAUGUUAGCCUACAUUAUUUUCACACAUUAACCCUAUUUACCUAGACAUUUUGCCUGGCUGCUCCUAAAUGCACCAGCUUACAUGAAACCAGUGGCACAUUCCUUUUCACUGAGUGGGCACACGAGUACAAAGUAAGAGUUGCAGGCUUCAAACUUCCUCGGUUCCACAAACUCCGCCAAAACCUGGCAGAUUUUGAAGGAUUGUUGGUUUAGGGUUUAAAGGUAUUACAGCAGUGAAUUUUUCUAGAACACAGUGGGGGGCAUGUACUAAAGAUAUUAGGCUUGCGGCCAUAAAAUCAAGGAGGUUGGGUAACUGGAAGCAAAACUGUGUUUUUUUAUGCCUUUGUCACAUUUAUGGGGCUGGGUCCCUCCCUUUUUUCCUCCUCCCUCUUUCUUUUUAUUUAUUUAUUUUUUGAUGAAAAAGGUGUUUCCUGCUCAGUACUAUGAUAAUUCAACGCUGAAUUACCAAUGAAAAGGUAAAUGAACUUGCAAAGCAUCAAGAAUAUUCCAAAUCAGUGCAACAUGGAGGUUUUCGUCCUGGCAUGACAUCAGAGUUUGCUCAUGAAGAUGGAAAUUCACACCAGAGCAAAAACUAGAGGUACAGAAUACACUUUGAAACAGCAAAAGUUGCAUUUUCAAGGGUUGUACACGUACAUGUAUUUACACAAAUAAAACCCCAUUGCACUGCCCUUAAAGAAUCUUGCCAUUCCAACCUACGGCAUUGGUAGUUGUGCUGCAGGUACAUGUAUUCAUUUCUCAAUGGUACUUGAAGACAAGACGGGUACUGGACGAGUCCAUCCAUGAACAAUUACAAUUGAGAGUGUUUUCUUACAUCAACACUUGAAAUAUACCCUCUGAACCAAAUUAUUAUUAUUUUUUAAAUGACACUUUUUGAUACGAAGAUGUGGCAACUUGUGCAUAGUUAUUACGCACUCCAUGUGUAUGACAUUACUGUAUUGUGUAUGUUUCUUUGCACACGAGUUUCGUGGCCUUGAAUUUCACGAAGAUGAAACUUCUUUUGUGUAGAAAUUUUGUACUGGCUUCUCACUCAGUAUAAAGAGGAAAAAACUACAUAAUUGAGGGAAUGAGUUUGAAUGGCAAAUCUUAGUUUGGUCUACAAGGUAUAGCUGCUUGGUCGUUUUUUUUAAAACUUAACUGGUGUAGAUGUGCUUUGAAGUUUUUCCAUACUGAGGGUAGCAAGUAUAACUUUAGAGGUUUGCAGUAGCAUCAUGCAAGGAUGUCUCUUUCCGUUGAGUAUGUUUGGUUUUGAAAAGAACCGGAAGGUAAAGUAGUGUAGCAAAGACACGAACUGUGUCCAUCACAACUAGCCGUAUAAAGAGCACUUUUUGGACGUGACAACAGUAACAUAGUAACAAGUGUCUGCUGCUGGAUCACCGUGACCAAUAAAAACUACCAUGAUACAUUGACGGAUCCAAGGAGAAGGAGGCUAUGCCCCGCCUCCGACACCCUUGUUUGGAGGGAGGUAAUAAGGAAAACCAAUAGGUGGGGUUAUUUUAUUUCCUUUCCGUUGCUAAAAUGUCUAACAUGCCCCAAAUGUUGGAAUCAUCCCAUAACCCACAGAAAGGCAACAAAAAACAAAAAAUUCCAAACUUGGGGGCCUCAGCUUAGAAAAUUUAGUAUGACCACCCACAUUUUUUUUCUGGAUCGUCCUUGUCUCUUGCAGAAGACUGACGCCAUCAUUGCGUCACCGAGAGAGCUCCCACGUCUCUAUAAGUGUUAAUCAACAUGCAUGAAUAUUUUGAUUUAAAUACAUUGUACUUGUAUAUAUGUAUGUAGUUGGCAUUAGGUGUUUUGUUCAGUGCUAGAAAUUUAAGUUUCAUAUUCCUGCAAUAUUUUCGUGUGAUAUUGCUGAAUAAACAAUUCACUACCAAGAUUUUAAAACUUAUGAAGCCUUCAUGUCCGUCGUUUUUUUGUAUACUUUGUAGGAGUGGUGUGGAUGAAUUGCAUUGGGGGAGCAUUAAUUUUACGAUAAUGGAAGAUGCGGACAAGAUUUUAGGUGAUGAAGAAACAUACACCGGUUGGCGAUUCGUCUUCUUUAGCUAACAAUUUGAAUUUUGUUGUCAUUGUUGUUAAAUAACCACUUGAGAAUUAAAAGACAAACGAGAAAAAUGAAAAA